GCUGGUUCAUAUACAUGUGUUAACGUUAGCUUACAAGGGGUACAUUUACAUAAAUGGCUUUCCAGAUAUAUAACACUUAUGACAUCAUAUUAUUACUACUGUCAGCGGAAAUCAGAUCGUUUUUCAAAAGUUAGUGCUUGACUGCCACCUAUCGCCAAUGAAGAAAACAUCACUGCCCGCGAGUUGCAGAACUCCUUCAGCAUGGUUUUUACAGUCAACUGGGAUUCGGUUGACCUGAUAGUGGAACAACUGCAUCUGGAAAAAUGGGCAGUCAAGAAUGUAAUUACCAUGUUAGACGAAGACAAUACUAUACCAUUCAUUGCAAGGUAUAGAAAAGAACAGACAAACAACAUGUCUGUUGAUAAAUUGAGAGAGAUUUUGGCUCUUCAUCAAGACUUGAAGACUUUGAUAUCGAAAAUAAACAAUGUGUGCAAAAGCAUAGAAAAGCUUGGGAAAAUGAACCCACAACUGCAAGCUGCUUUCCAAAAUGCACAGAGCGCUGAAGAAGUGGAUCACUUGUAUGCCCCUUACAAGCCUGGCAGCAAAAGAUCACUAGCAGAAAGAGCUAGAGAGUUGGGAUUGGAGCCUCUGGCUAUGAAGGUUUUGCAGUCUCCAAACACUGUGGAUCUGAAUAUGUUUGUCAAAGCUGGACAGGAAGGUUUAUCAUCAGUUUCAGAAGUGGAGGAGGGCACAAAGCAUAUCAUUGCAGAUGUCAUUGCUAAGAAUAAGGAAACCAUGGAUAAAAUGAGAGACCUGUGCCAACAUGCAUAUAUUACGCUGGAAAGCACAAUGUCUAAAAGUCUAACAAAGAAAACAAAAUCCAAGGAGACUACCUCAACUGCUGCUGGAUCAGAAAAGAAUAUUGUCGAGAAGAAAAAUGAAAAGACGUCUAAGCAAGACAAAAAAGCAGAUGCACAAAAAUAUGAACAAUACUUUGAUUUCAAAGUGCCAGUCAAAUAUGCCAAGCCACAUCAGGUUUUAGCAAUGAAUCGAGGCGAGCACCAAAAGAUAUUGAGUGUGAAAGUCAACAUCCCAGAACAAGUAAAGCAAAGUUUCUGCCAAUACUGCCAGAGGAGAUGGAUUCCUCCUCAAGCCAGUGCACACCUCCGGAAACUCAUCUCUGAUGCUAUAGAGGAUGCAUACACAAGACUUAUUUCUCCACUCAUGUGUAGACACUACAGAUCUGAGUUGACCAAGAUGGCAGAAAAGGCUUCUGUUGAAGUAUUUGCCUCAAACCUGAAGAGACUUUUGCUCAUGCCACCUGUGAGAAACAGGGUGGUACUUGGUGUGGACCCAGGAUUUAAGAAUGGCUGUAAAUUGGCUGUUAUAUCCCAGACAGGUCAGAUUCUUGAAACUGGUGUUAGCUAUCUACAUGUAGGACGAGCUGCUGAAAAAGAGAGAGAGAAAAUAAAGGAGAUAUGCUUAAAGUACAGAUGUGAAACUGUAGCCAUAGGUAAUGGAACCGCUUGUAGGGAGACUGAAGCUGCAUUUUCAGACAUGAUUCAAAAGAGAUACUUUGCUCCUCUCAGUGUUAUGUACUGUAUAGUGAAUGAGGAUGGAGCUUCUAUCUACAGUGUAUCCAAAGAAGCUGAACAAGAAAUGCCAAAAUUAGAUCCAAAUGAAAGAAGUGCAGUGUCUAUAGCGAGGAGAUUACAAGACCCUUUGGUGGAGCUAGUAAAAAUUGAGCCGAAGCACAUUGGAGUUGGAAUGUACCAGCAUGAUGUAGCCGAUUCUCAGUUGAAAUCUAGUUUGGAUGGGGUCCUAGAAGAAUGUGUCAGUUUCGUGGGCAUUGAUCUCAAUAUUUGCACAGAAUCUCUACUAAAACGUGUGUCUGGCAUGAGUGCCCUCAAAGCUAAAAAAGUAAUAGAAUACAGAGAAAAGAAUGGGCCAUAUGUUAAUAGACAGCAGCUACUUGGUGUUAAGGGACUAGGGCCAAAGUCAUUUGAGCAGUGUGCUGGUUUUGUGAGGAUUACACCAAAUGUGAUUGGUGCCACAAAUACAAACCAUGUACAAGAGCCUAAGGAUGAAGUUGUUAGUAACAUUGCCAAAGGAACAAAAAGAAAAGCAGUUUCAAAGACAAGCACCAGUAAGAGACAGAAGAUGGAUGAGAAUCUUUCACCUAAUUGGCUUGAUAUGACAUGGAUCCAUCCAGAGUCUUAUGAUGUAACAAAUAGGCUUUUGAAGAAAAUUGGUAUAACAGCUAAUGAAAUUGGUCACCCUUCCAUGCAAAGAGCAGUGGACAAUUUUAUAUCUACCUCCAGUCUGGACAGUGUUGCAAAAGAUUUAAAUAUAGGAGCUCCUACCCUUGAUUUAAUAUUAAAUGGAUUAAAACAGCCCCUGGGACAGGAUAUCAGAGAUGAUUAUGAAAAGCCUCUUUUUAAGAAGGGUUUGACAUCAAUCAAUGAUUUGAAAAGUGGGACUUUUCUCACAGGCUGUGUUCAGAACACUACCCAUUUUGGUGCUUUUGUAGACAUAGGAGUUGGAAAAAGUGGUCUAAUACAUGUCAGCAAGAUGAGGCCACAGAACAUGAAAGGAAAACAGACAUUAGAGUUAGGAGACAAAGUUGAAGUUAAAGUAGUCAGUGUUGAUGUGAACAGAGGAAGGAUUGGACUAGAACUGAUAAAGUUGUAUUGACCAUUUUCUGCUAUAUUUACAUGUGCAUGUUUCAAUAGCAGGUGUUAAUUGUAUUUGAAACGUGCAACAUCUUGAUUUGGAUAACCUUUCCAGCGUAAUUUUGGUUGGACAUUUCACUUAUUUCAGUGGACCACUGCCCUUUAUCUAUCAAAUAAUAUACCAUUCAUUUGCUCAUAUUGUAUUUGAUAAAAUUACCUGUGCAUUUUACUUUGUACCAAACAGUGAACUCAAUGUUUAUGUCAGUUCUUCAUUAAUAUUUCUAAAAUAAGACUUGAAAAAAGUUUUUUUGUUAAUCAUUAUUUUGUAUUUAAUAAAGAAAUGUAUUGCACUGCCUGUAUUUGGACUAGAGUGUUUGGGCUAGAACCAUGGGACCUAUUGAAUACAAAGUUAGAUUAAUUAAUUACUGUUAUUGCAUACUUUCAAGCAUAUAUACAUAGUACUUACACUAGGCCGAAAAAGUUUGGAAACAUGAAUUUUUUUUCAAUAAUUUAAAAACUAUGUAAUGUAGUGGG